CAAAGCAAAUGUCAAAUCAAAAAUUGCAAAGUUGAUUGUUGUAUUUGUGAAAUCUAUAAUAAAGCUACAUAUUUUACAGUAUUAUAAUCAACACACGGAGAAAACCAUAAUGAUUCAACCAGACUACCCUUCAGCCAUGGGCUUGCUCGCCCAUUUGAACUCUGACGAGUUAAAAGAGAUGUUGAACGACGACACCAAGUUUGAUGCAGUUCUCAAGGAUGUGAAGCAGGUAAAAGAUUGGGAAACAGAACGGGAGAUGCUGAUAGCGAGUAACCGCUCGCUGGCGGAGUACAACCUGGGCAAGGAGCCGGAGCUGAGCGAGCUGAAGCAGCAGGUGCAGGCUGCGUCGGAGGCCGGCGAGCAGCGCUGCAGCCGCAUACAAGAGCUGUUGGACGAAUACAAAUCUAAAUCAGCUGGUAUCUCUGCGGACACAACACAAGCACUGCUGCAGACUGCCGCAGCAGAAUCAGAAGAAAAGUCUGAAAAUAUCGCACAAGAUUUCCUCAGUGGGAAAAUUGAUACAGACAAAUUCCUAGAAGACUUUGAACCAUUACGUAAAGAGAUGCACUUAAGGAAGUUUAAAGCAGAAAAAAUGGGUGAGCUGUUAAGAAGCGGAAACCAAAAUAUGUAUGGUAAUGGAUUCACAAAGCCAUACCUUCCGUAUCCGAGCUAUGGACCACCACAAAGUAAUCCCGGGGUGCCAUACCCUAUGGGACCCCUCAAUAUGCCUAUGCCAGGAAUGUACGGAAAUCAUUUCUGAGGUUUAUGUCAUGUUCAAUACAUUUUGUGUUCAUAACACCAACUAUGCGAUAGUGUAAUCAAUUUUUAUUUUACAUCUCUCAAUAUUUCAUUAAAUCAAUACCUAAAUAAUAAUUAUAGUGGCCAUUCAUUUAGUCAAUUUUAAUUUUUUUUUUGUGGAGAUCUGUGAAGUAUAAGUAAUGUAUUUAUGGUCAUGUGGAGGGGUGUUUAGUUAAGUUUUUGUAUAAUCUUUCGUUAUUCAUGUCAAUUUUAAGUACCUAAUUAUUGUGAGAUUUUAAAUUGACUAAGACAAUUUGCCUUUAAUCUUUUUAAUUAAUUAUUGAAAAUAUACUAUGUAUGUAUAAUUUUACAGUAAUGUCCGCUAUUUCAUAUUGGUGCUUAGUAGAUAGAGCUAGAAAUGGAUAGACAUUAUUACGUAAAGAUUCUAAUUAGCGAAACAUAUUAAAAUAAUAUAAAUUAAUGAUGCCAAGUAUUUGUUUCUUCUUGCACCAAUAGACAAAUAAGCUGUGUAUUAUAAACUAUUAGGAAAACAGAUUAUUAUAAUACUAUAAAAAUGAAGGGAGGUCAGUAAAAAACCUAGUGAAAUAGGGACAAGAUUAACUUCACCAUUAUGCACAAGAGGAGCAUAAUCAUUUUAUCCAUAUGGCUUUGACCAUAUUGUGGCCAUUAUUUUACUCUUAGGUAAUAAUUAUAUUAUGUGCUACAACAUACAAGCGAGUCGAUCUCUUUGCAUGGUGAGGUGAUAACUGAAGGAUAAAUAGGAAAAUAAAAAGUGUAAGUACAUCAUGUUUAGGUUUUAUGUAAUAAAUUAUUUUAUUUUCAACAACAAAUUACGUUUUUAAUUGCUAAAAAAACAUUAGUUCGUCCUAUAAAUACCUAUUGCUUUCAGAGGUAGAUUGGCCUCGUCUUAAACAGAAUAAAAAAAAAUCACGAUAAAACAAAGAUAUUUAAAAACAUAAUCAUGUUAUGGCGCAAGACGUGACAUAAGUUUUGUGUCGCAUCGCGCUUCGAGAGCCAUCCAGUGAAUUUUUUUGUCAAAUCUUGAUGUGAGCGUCUCGUUAUCUCCGUGCUAGGCCUUCUGUACUGAACAAAGGAGGAGAGAGGGUGGAACAAUGAGGAAAAAUAUUUGAGACAGUGAGAGAAGUCAAGAUAAAUAUAUAACUAUUAUUUAUGUGGUCAUCAAGAUAAAAUAAUGUAUUUUAACAUUAUGCAUUGACAGCUAUUUACAAUAUGUACAAACCUGGUGUGAGUCUAAAAUGUAUCACUUUUCUAUA